CUAACCUUUAGUAUGAAUGACAGCACCUUCACCUUUAACUCGUGGACGGAAUGUUCGAUGUCCUUUAUAUGGACUUGGUACAGUAUUUAAUACAAACGUUUUGCCAAGCUAUGAGAAUAUUUUACAACAAUAUUUUUUCACAAAAAACGAACUGAAAAUGAACGGUCAGUUAAAGGAACCCACUUUUGCAGAAGUUGCCAGAAUUGUCGUACCAUAACUGCAAGAAAUUUGGAAGAAAGCUUCAUUGCCUACAAUAUCAAGCGAAAUAAUUAUGAAAUGGAUUCGAGAGUACCACAACAAAUAUCGGGAACUACUAUAACCCUACAAACAAAGAGCCAAUGUUGCAAGCUACAUAAAACAGAUCGAAACGUUUAAAGAAAAAUCAAAGAAUUUAAUUGAUAUUGCAAGUUUUGAAAAAUGUACCUGUAAAAAAUUAAAGAAAAUACCUGUUUUAGAGAGAGGAUUUUUGCUAGAUUAGCGGAGGGCCAGAAAAAUGAUGAUAGGGAACGUUGAUAGCAAUACCACAAAACAAAUGGAGAAAAGAGAAUAAAGAAAACUGCAAGAAGCACCAUGAUCCAGCAUUGUAAAAACUAUCAAGCUACAAAAAGAUGCUUCUAAAAUUAAAGAGUCCUUGGAAAUGAGCGUUAGUUUGUUAUCAAUUACUUAAAAACCUUCCCCAGAACCUCCUAUGUCUAUUAUAUCUGGACAAAUGCGUAAAUCUCUGCCAAAUUUAGCACGAGAGUGCGAUAGAUGGGGUCUGUCUGAUCGCGGGGCAGCUACGGUGUCAUCCGCAUUACUUCAAGACCUAGGAGUUUUGACCAAAGAUGACAAUUCAUCAGUUAUAGAUUAUAGUAAAGUAAGACGCGAAAGACAGAAGCUAAGAAAGCAAAAUCAGUCAAACGAUAAAAAGGAUUUUAUGCUGAAAUCAAUUAAUAUCGAUGGCCGAAAGGAUUUAACAAGAAAAACUAGUUUAAAAGGUUCAUCACCCCGUAAACGUUACUGA